GCUGUCACGUCAAAAGUGCAACUUGCAAGCAUCACAAAUCACAUCAAUUUUUUUCUAUUAUAAUUUUUUCGAUUUAUGAAUAUAAUCAAGUGAUAUUGUUAGUAAUUAAUAGGUGAUAUUAGUAAUAUAAAUAAACAUACUGAAUAUGGCUCUAACGCCGGAACAGCUUGUCAAUGACGAAAGGUUUCGCGGCGAUAAUCCCAUACAGUUUUUGUUAUAUUUACCGUUUGGUUUACUUUUAUUGCUGAUAAGGAUAAUAUUAGCAGUGAUUCUGUGGAUUGCCUCUUUCAUACUGCCUGAUAAAUCGGCUGCAAGGCAGUUGAUAUCAACAUUAGCGUGCUUGACUUUUGGUGUCCAAAUAAAGGUGACAGGCAGUAGAGAUCCCAAAUGCAGUGUUCUCGUCGCAAACUAUGUGUCGUGUUUAGACUCGUUGGCUGCGUCUCACGCGCUUGGCAGUAUCACUUUAAGAAAAUGGAAGGUGCCGCCAUUUUUUGCCUCAACCUUGGGAAUAAAGAAUACAUCACAGUUUGCUAGAAAGCAACACUUCGCGGAGCACCCGGACAAGCCAGUGUUGCUGCAACCGGAGGGCGGACCCACGAACGGCAAGGGCCUAUUGAAGUUCACGGAUUGGAGCUUACCGCUGCCUAAUAGGGUGCAACCUAUUGCUAUAACGGUGGAGCGCGCGUUCACGCACCCGUGCUGCGUGUGGGCGGGGCGCUGGCGCGACGCGCUGUGGGCGCUGGCCUCCGCGCGCUCCGUGUACACGCUGCGCGCGCUGGCGCCGCUCGAGCGCCGCGGGGACUGCGAGCGCGUGUUCGCCGAGCGGCUGCGGCGCGCCAUCGCCGCCGCGCUGCAGAUAGAAGCGACCGAGUUCACGUGGGAGGACAUCCGCAAGGCCCGCCCCUCGCCCCGCCCCCCGGCCCGCCCCCUCGCCCCGCCCCUCAACAACGAGCGCGCGAGGUUGGCGCGGCAAGUGAAGGAAGUGCUGCCUAAUGUCCCGUUGCAGGACAUUAUGAGGGAUCUUGCGAAAACAAGAAGCGUCGACGUGACAAUAACAAACUUCCUAGAAGGCAUCACUCCAUACACGCCCGAGCCUCCGUCCGCGUCGGGAAUCGAACCGCAACCUUCCACCUCACAGGCGCAACCGAAAUACGUAACCCCUGCACCAACAGGCGUCUUCCCCAAAACGGCUAAAGAAAGACAGAUGAGUUACCAAGAAAGGAAAGCUCAGAUGAUUGCGGAAGCGAGACAGCGAUACAUCGAGAAACAUGGACUCCAUGUGGCGUUGAAUUGUUAAUGGAAAUAAAUAUAAAUAACUGUUUUUUUUUAUUGGUGUUGUGUAAUUUCAAUGGGCGAAUAAACGCGGCGUUUUUUGUAAAAGCUCAAAAAAACGCCAGUACGUCCGCGAUUCGAACGCCGCGUUUUUCGCAUUUUACUAAAUUCGGGUCCUGUCGUAAUGACAUUUAAAGUCUUCACAUACUCUUUUAUUUUUAGCUUCAUAUUGUUAUAAGGGAAUUUUUCAAAGUUAAAAUAAAUGAAAAUUAUCAACGAAAAUGAUGUAGGUAAUAAUUGGAUGUAGUUAUCAAAAUUAAAAGGUCUUAAUUGACAACAUUUUUUGUAACUGUUAGUGCAUCUAGACUCAAAUAAAUCUUUAUAAAUAUUUGAUUUAUAAACAAUAAAAUGGUGUUCGAAAUGCCAAAAAUUUUAUUUUCCACAUCUAGUUCAAAGUAUAACAGAUACAUUAUUUUUCUAAUAAAAUAUUGAAAACAUCGUAAAUGAUUUUCAAUUAUUGAUUUUUUAAAUGUUUAAACAUUAUUGUUUAUUUUUUCUAUUUAUUUUGGGAGAUUUUAAUAGGAAAUACUUGGCAACACGAUGUAAAAUACGUAUAAAAAGCACCCAUAUUCUUUAUGUAAUAAAAAUAUAUUAGAGAUAAUUAUGAUAAUAAUAUUAUAAUUAAUGUCUUUGACACAUAGAUUAUAUUAUAAAUUUAUAUUUUAUUAUAGCGUGUAUAGUAAUACAACACUAGUAUAUUUCACGUAAGAAAUUGUAUCGAUCUCUAAUUCGGUUCUUACUGUAGUUAGUCAAAAUAUUUUUUCCUUAUAGACAUAGGUUUUUUUUUUAAUUUUCCCUAAUUUUCCACAUUUCGCCAAUUAAUCGCCAUAGUCAUAAGUUUUCCAACGUUUUACUGCUUAGUCCGUUCUGUUUAAAUCUAAAGGUUCGUAGGAAGUUAUUUGCAAU